CUGUCUGCCCUUCAAUCCCUAGAAGAGAGAGGGCUUCUGCCAGCUUCUUCAGCAGAUGAAGAACAAGCACUCGGAGCAGCCGGAACCAGACAUGAUCACCAUCUUCAUCGGCACCUGGAACAUGGGUAACGCCCCCCCUCCCAAGAAGAUCACGUCCUGGUUUCUCUCCAAGGGGCAGGGAAAGACGCGGGAUGACUCUGCUGAUUACAUCCCCCAUGACAUCUACGUGAUCGGCACCCAGGAGGACCCCCUGGGAGAGAAGGAGUGGCUGGAGAUACUCAGACACUCCCUGCAAGAAAUCACCAGCAUGACUUUUAAAACAAUUGCCAUCCACACCCUCUGGAACAUCCGAAUUGUGGUGCUGGCCAAGCCGGAGCAUGAGAACCGCAUCAGUCACAUCUGCACUGACAAUGUGAAGACAGGCAUCGCCAACACGCUGGGGAACAAGGGAGCUGUGGGGGUGUCGUUUAUGUUCAACGGAACCUCUUUGGGAUUUGUUAACAGCCACUUGACUUCCGGAAGCGAAAAGAAACUCAGGCGAAACCAGAACUACAUGAGCAUUCUCCGGUUUCUGGCUCUGGGGGACAAGAAGCUAAGCCCUUUCAACAUCACUCACCGCUUCACCCACCUCUUCUGGCUCGGGGAUCUGAACUACCGCGUGGAGCUGCCCACCUGGGAGGCAGAAGCCAUUGUCCAGAAGAUCAAGCAGCAGCAGUACGCAGACCUCCUAUCCCACGACCAGCUGCUCAUGGAGAGGAAGGAGCAGAAGGUCUUCCUGCAUUUUGAGGAGGAAGAAAUCACGUUUGCGCCCACCUACCGUUUUGAAAGACUGACUCGGGACAAGUAUGCCUACACUAAGCAGAAAGCCACAGGGAUGAAGUACAACCUGCCUUCCUGGUGUGACCGAGUCCUCUGGAAGUCUUACCCGCUGGUGCAUGUGGUGUGUCAGUCAUAUGGGAGCACCAGUGACAUCAUGACCAGUGACCACAGCCCGGUUUUCGCCACAUUUGAGGCAGGAGUCACCUCCCAGUUCGUCUCCAAGAACGGCCCCGGGACUGUCGACAGCCAAGGGCAGAUUGAGUUUCUCCGGUGCUUCGCCACGCUGAAGACCAAGUCCCAGACCAAAUUCUACCUGGAGUUCCACUCGAGCUGCUUAGAGAGUUUUGUCAAGAGUCAGGAAGGAGAAAAUGAAGAAGGAAGUGAAGGGGAGUUGGUGGUGAAGUUUGGCGAGACCCUUCCAAAGCUGAAGCCCAUCAUCUCUGACCCCGAGUACCUGCUAGACCAGCACAUCCUGAUUAGCAUUAAAUCCUCCGACAGCGACGAAUCCUAUGGCGAGGGCUGCAUUGCUCUACGGUUAGAAGCCACGGAAACUCAGCUCCCCAUCUACACACCUCUCACCCACCAUGGAGAAAUGACGGGCCACUUCCGGGGGGAGAUUAAGCUGCAGACCUCCCAAGGCAAGAUGAGGGAGAAGCUCUACGACUUUGUGAAGACUGAGCGAGAUGAGUCCAGUGGGCCCAAGUCCCUGAAGAGCCUCACCAGCCACGACCCCAUGAAGCAGUGGGAACCUGCCAACAGGGUCCUUCCAUGUGGCAGCUCCAGCAUCACUGAAAUCAUCAACCCCAACUACAUAGGGGUGGUGCCCUUUGGGCACAUGAAGCAGUCCCUGUCCCCUGACCAGCAGCCCACAGCCUGGAGCUAUGACCAGCCGCUCAAGGACUCCUCCCUGGGGCCCGGAAGGGGAGAGAGUCCCCCAACACCACCCUCCCAGCCACCCGUAUCCCCGAAGAAGUUUUCAUCCUCGAUAGCAACGCGGGGCCCCUGCCCCAGGACGCAGGAGUCAAGGGCCUGGAACGCAGCAGGCACUCGAGAAAUGCCUAUGGAAUCUCCACGUCCUACCCCAUCGGCCAGUCAAGUUCAAGUUCAGCCCCUGCCUCUGAACCUAAAGAGAAAGCUGAAAAGAGACUAUAACAAGUUGCUAGAAAAGUCAGAUCUUCAUUCAGUGCUGGCCCAUAAGCUACAAGCUGAAAAGCAUGACAUCCCCAACAGGCAUGAGAUAAGGUAUUUUGAAACUAUCCUGUGUUGCUUGGUGCUUGUCUUGCAGGAUGCUCACGAUGGGGAAGUCAACGCUGUGCAGUUCAGUCCAGGCUCCCGGCUGCUGGCCACAGGAGGCAUGGAUCGGAGAGUUAAGCUUUGGGAAGUGUUUGGAGAUAAAUGUGAGUUCAAGGGCUCCCUGUCUGGCAGUAAUGCGGGAAUUACGAGCAUCGAAUUUGACAGCGCUGGAUCUUACCUCCUAGCAGCUUCAAAUGAUUUUGCAAGUCGAAUCUGGACUGUGGAUGAUUAUCGGUUACGGCGUGAGGAGUACCCUUCCCACGUGAUCCGUACAGUUUGGCUGACCUGUGCUGAGUGGAAUCCUUACUCCUGUGCUGUAUUGAACGUAAGCCUUGUUGCUGGAGUGUUCGGGACCUUACGAGAAGGAUCCAUGGGAGGUUUUUACACAGCCACGGCACAGCUGCCCCUUGGCUGGCGGCAAGUGUAUGUUGUCGUUCCAGUUUCGGAGAGGUUUAAACGUGGGAGAAACGAGUCUUCGAAUGUGUACCAGCUUCUCCCUUCGGAAGGGGGGAUACGGGUGGCCCCAGGUUUUCCGUCCCUAAAAAAAAAAAGCUGUUGGAGAGCUUCUAGGGAAGCUGCAGAAGGGCGGUCUCCUUUCCUAGUUCUCGCUCUGCCUGCCCAGCGCUUCUCCCACGGGAUGCUGAAUUGGGGGUGGGCGGUUGACACUUUUCUGGUCUUGUUCCACAGCCCUGAUGGUGGUUAUGUGGCAGCGGGCUCGGCUGAGGGCUCUCUCUACAUCUGGAGCGUACUUUCGGGGAAGGUGGAGAAGGUCCUUUCCAAGCAGCAUGGCUCGUCCAUCAAUGCAGUGGCGUGGUCCCCCUCCGGCUCCCACGUCGUCAGUGUGGACAAAGGAAGCAAAGCUGUGCUAUGGUCAGAGUAUUGAUGGCACCCCCGAGAGAGUGAGAGAGAGAGAGAGGAGCUGAAGCCGGCGAAGCACACGAGCCCCUGCGGGCUCUGUCCUGCAUGUGGUGUGUUGGGUGUAGCUUCGACCUCCAGAGACGAGCUGGAGCCGCGUGGUGCCGUGGCCUACCUUUGAACAGGAUUUCUGAGGAUUUCAGCUGAGGUCUCUCAUGGCCUGAAAGAAUAACACUGAAAAAAUCUGGCCCUGCAGUCACUUAGCAGAGGUUCAGGUUCUUGCCUUGCCUUGAUUCGGGUGGGAAACACUACUGGCUCUGAUCUUCCAUACCUCAGUGGGGGGGAGCACGGGCACCUGCCGGCUUCCUCACUGGCCGACAGGGCCAAGAACGCCCCACGCGCACGUGCGGCUGUCGGUUCUCCCUCCGUGCUUUCUCCCGUCCUUCCAGAGUCGGUUCUGGCCCAAUGCAUGUCCUGUCACCUUGGGAUGGUUUUCCUGGUGAACUCACUUGAAUCAUUGGAUUAACAGAAACCCAAACAGGAUUACCCCUGCCCUCAGCCCACAGGGACUGCCCUGAUUUCUGAGGAGAUGACAGGACCAUGGUCCUCCCUGCUGGUCUCUGUCAUAAUUACGAGGCUCUUACUCUGAUCUCAUCUGAUUACUGUUGGAAUUUCCUUAGAUCUCCUAAACCGUUCUUAGAAAGCAGCUGUUCUUCAAAGCUUCGGGCUUCCUUUUUCCCUAACGAUGCUACACACCUAUUUCUUGGUUGAGAAGUAAAUCUCAGUUUGGUUACAAAAUACUUUCUGGAGGUAGGAGAGGAAGUGCAGAAACCUUGCAGGGAAGCGGGGCUGCUGCAGAUGGCCCUGUGGCCAUCUCUAGGCUCCCAGAAAGUGGGCGAGGCGCACACCACCUUCCUCCGCCCCGUGUGCCUCGGUGACAGUUGCUGGUGACAAGGGAUUGGAAGCCUCGAAUGUAUUAGCCUGGAGCCAGCAGUUCCGGGUCACUGCCCCUUUGCCAAGCCUACGUGCAAUACCCCCUCGGUGCUUUAGUUCGAGAAGCCCAUUCCAAGAAGCAUGGGAACGUCGUCUUCAAGUUUCAGGAGUUCUGAUUGAGGCCAGGGAAAAACUGGCCUGUGGCUUUUUUUUUUUUUUAACAUUUAUCUUUACCAUUUUACCUGUGUAUAUCAUUUUAGUUCCUGAGUGACUGAAACACCAAUACUUUCAUCACUUUUUAAUUUGCACUUUAUUUUUUUCCUUCCACACUUGUUCUCUGGACAGCUGUGGGUAUGAGUGCUGGAGCUGGGUGAGGAGGGGCGCUGUGUCCAUCCCUCUCUCCCUCCCCGGCCCCCCCCCCUUUCCAGCUUACUGCUCCAAGAGCUCAAGGGGGGUGGAAUUCACAGGCCAGGGCGCAUCUUUUAUUUAUUUAAUUAUGUUGCCCAACAGAACUUGAUUGUAAAUUAAAAAGAAAUCUGUUAUAUA